UCUUUUCACUCCCGCUUCAGCCAGCCGUCAAGGUAGCAAGGUCCUCUCAACGCUCCGCACCUAUACGACAUCAUCUAGUCCCUCAUCAUGCCUACGCAGCCUACGUAUGAGCUUAUCUAUUUCACCGCCCGUGGUGGUGGCGAGAUUUCCCGUCUUCUCUUCGCCCAAGCUGGGGUCGAGUUCAAAGAUACUCGUCUGACUCAAGACGAGUUCAAAGCCGUGAAGGGUGACGUCACAAGAGCCCCUCUUGGUCAGUUACCUGUGCUGAUCGUAAAAGGCACUGCUACACCAUUUCCACCAAUCCCACAGAGCCAUGCCAUCGAGAGAUAUCUCGCAAGAAAAUUCGACAUGUACGGCAAGAACAUAGAAGAAGCUACACGUAUUGAUGUCGCGUGUGAAUGCGUCGUAGAAAUCUUUACUCAUAUCGUGAAGAUGUUCUUCGAGAAAGACGAUGCAAAGAAGAAAGAGCUAGGAAAGAGUUUUGUUGAGAAGGACUCUAAAACCGUCUUGACUGCUAUGUGCAAUGCUCUGAAGAAGAACAGUGGUGGAAAGGGCUUCUUCGUCGGCGACAAGAUGACCUUGGCUGAUAUCGCGGUCUUCCACAUGACGGAGGCCAUUUUCGGAAGCAUGCCACCCCUAGCAGCCAUGUAUCCAGCUUUGAAGGAUUUCUCUGACCGCAUGAGGGCUGAACCCAAGAUCGCUGCAUGGAUUAAAAAGAGACCGGUUACUCAAUUUUAAAUCACUUACGCUGUGGCUUUACCAGGAGUCUUUUUUUCCAUUAUUUGUGGUGUUUGAAAAAAAAAAUCCAUGUAGUCCAAUUAGAUUUCCUAUAUAAUUGUUCUCUGGAUGAAGUUGUGCAAUUACUUUUGACUAACAAAUAAUUUGAACACUUGAUUAAAAGGCAUUUAGACCAAUAAUAUGUUGGAUUAAUUAAUGACAUGUACAAGCAGGAAAAAACAAAUUUAAUAAGAGCCAGCCCCCCCCCCCCCCUCCCGAGUUGGAAGAAAUAAAGGACCCGUCAUUGGAAUUCGUCGACAGUUUUCUGAAAAUGCCUAAUAAGCUAACAAAAGCUGUCAAAUUUAUCGAUUGCAGUUGUGGAUUUGCCAAUAGGUAUACGAUAUAAUUACAAUCCACUCCCGUAUAUUAUGCACCCCCACCCCAUCGCUCGAUAGCCCUUUUCUAUAAUCCUUCAUCUACCUCGUUACACCAGUACCCCUAACAUCCUUCGUCAUUCACGCACUUCUUCACACCGUUCUCAUUCAUACGAACUCUUGAAAGAUAUUGAUUGAUCUCAUAUGAAAGGAAUUGAAAUUCAUAGUAUAUGACUAUAUUCAUAUACAGUUCAAAUGUAUGUAUCAGUGACAAACAAGUCUUUCCAUUACAGAAGAUAAUGACGUCAUCAAGUAGAGUUGAAUAAUUUCAUUAUUAACACGAGCAACAACGAUCACGUUUCAAUUUCGUGUACCCUUCUGUGAAUUAACAUUUGGAAAAAGAAAAUAAAGUUAGUUCUACCUUUU